UUUACGUCACCCAUCAGUUUCGCCCGGGUCACGGUUCAGAAACCGUGCGUGAGCGUGACGGGACCCGUAAAUGGUUCAGAAAACAACGUAGGCGCUUGCGAAAAUUAUUAUUUUGCGCAAGCGCCUGCCGAGGUCACUGUUCGCUCACCCAGUGCUCACAGGCGCAUGGCAUAUGCCUAGCCUGCGUUAUGCGUGAGGUCACGCAGGAUUUUGUUCGGUUCAUCAACGCGGAGAACGCGUGACGAACCUUUGGUCGAAAAAGUACAG